ACAUUCAAGGGAAAUACAAAACAGAACACAAAAGAAAAGAUUGAAAGAAUAUCUCUUCCUAUUUCUGGAUACUGGAAAAGCAAAAGCAAUAGAGACAGAGAGACAGAGAGGGAGAGAGAGAGCAAGGAUGCCCGGGCGACUCAAUCAGCAGCAUGCCGCAUACGCGCAGCGCAGGGAGCAGGAGAACAACCGCGUGCAGGCCACGCAGGCGGUGAACCGCUACUACGACCACUGGGGCAAGGUGACGACGCGCUUCGAGAACUGGACCAACAAGGACUACUACGAGAAUGCGGAAAAGAAGCUGCAGAGCCGCAAGAGUCAGAAGCAAAAGGACAUUGACCUGACAGACCGCAAGGGCAGACUGCGACAGCUCCUGGCCACCGAGAACGAGGCGUACGACAUCGAAAUGGGACGCAAGCGGCGGCCCAGGGAGUGCUCCGCCGACACCCAGAUGCUGGGGCGCGUCAAUCAGUCCCUGAAGGAGCAGGAGCAGCUCAAGCGGAAGCUCGAGAUGGAGGCCAAGCUGUACGGCCGCUGGCGGCAUGGGGUGGACGACGAGAAGUUUCUGUACCAGUCGAAGUCCGACAACGAGGUGCUGGCGAAGCUCAAUUGGCUCGACAAGCAGAUCGAGCAGCAGAAGGAGCGGGAUGAGCAGGAGGCCCUGAACGCCGAGCGGAAGCUGCAGCUGCAGCAGGAGAUCAGCCGCACGGAGCUGGCCCAGAAGGAGCGCCAGCUGAUCCAGGAGCAGCAGAUAAAAGAGAUCCGUGCGCUGCAGGAGUCGCACAUGGUGGAGCUGCGCCAGCACCAGUCCGAGGCCGAGAAGCUCAAAGAAGAGGAGCAGCACUUCCGGCUGUUCAUCGGGGAGCUGGAGAAGGAGAAGCAGCUGCUCGAGGAGAGCACGGCCCUCGUCCUGCAGCGCCCCGACACGGGGCAGGCCUUCAACCUGAACAAGAUCAAGGUGUUCAUCCGCAACCGCAGCGAGGCGAGCCGCCGCCAGAUAUCCCUGUGCAUCAAUCUCCUCGAGCGCAUGGCCAAGUACGUGGUCCGCACCGAGGACCUCCAGUCACUCCUCCAGAAGUACAAGGAGCAGCUGGAGUCCGAGCAGCUGGCCUGCACCCAGAUCGAGGCCAUGUACGAGUCGGAGGCCAAGUCGAGCCUGCAGCGCUGCGAGGAGAACUGGCGCGAACAGCACUUGCAGCGGUACCAAGAGCUCUCGAAGCUCAUCGACACGGAAAAGGACUGUUUGGCCAGGCUCCUGCAGGAGAACGUCAGCCAGCAGCAGGCCCUCUUGGAGCUCCGCAGCACACAUCUCUCUGGCAUCGAGCAGGCCACCAAGAAGCUGGAGCAGAUAAGCAGCGAAGAGCAGGGAUCUGCAUCGUCUGACCCGAUAUCUGUGUCCUCCUCAACUGAUCUCUGUGCUGGGGCUCUUGCCGAGGAGGAUGAUGCCUCCGUGAAUGUCCCCAAAGUCAGCAACUCGUUCUCCAACCUCAAUCUGGAUGUGUGGCAGGAUCUGCCGCCAGUGCGCGGCGGCAUCGACUCGCCUCGUCUCGACAAGACGCGCUCUAUGAAUGUCGUCACAGCGCAGACUGCGUUGCCACCGAAGUUUGCCCGCAAGCGAGUGGCAUGGAAUUAAGGCCACAUUUUUUUUAAAUUUAUCAAGUAUUAUUAAGGUAGUCCCUGUGUUUAGAAAUAGUUAAACGCCCCAUGUGUGUGUGUAUGUGUAAGCCCCUAAACAAACAUUUGUCCUACAUCCCACAUCCUACAUCCUAUAUCCUACAUCCACUUAUAGUUAAUAAGACUGAUAGAUAGGCGCCAGCCCCGUCGUAAUAAAUCACUUAAAUCGUGGGCCAAAAGGAAA